GGGAGGUUUGGUGCGGUUGCCGCGCCUGCGCUUGCAGAUCUGUGGUGCCGCCGCGGCAAGAGCAGCGCAGAGUGGAGUGACCGCUGGAGAUGCCUGAGGUUACUUUUUGAGGAGUGGCCAGCGGCGCAAUGGAGCGGGCCAGGGACCGCUUACACCUGAGACGGACCACAGAACAGCACGUACCAGAAGUGGAAGUCCAAGUCAAACGUAGAAGGACAGCUUCACUGAGCAACCAGGAGUGUCAGCUGUAUCUGAGGCGAUCUCAGCAGCAGCAACUCCCUGUGGUGGAUUUCCAAGCAGAAUUGAGACAGGCAUUCUUAGCUGAGACACCAAGGGGUGGUUAAAGCAGUAUUGCAAAACACUCAAGGAGCUGAUUC